GACGACGCUCCGCCGUGGGUCUCAAUGUCUUUUCAACGCCCCCGACUAGAUCACACUAGGGCCUCAGGGAUAGCCGAAAUGACCAAAAUAAGCCACCACUGAACUGUGCCCUGCUGCUUCCUGUGCCGGCAACCGAUCCACUCUGCUCAUGUUCGACGUGAAAAUCCCGGGCUCCACGUCCCGGUGUGAUGGGUGGUGAUAAUGGCAGUGCCCCCCUCUGGACUGCAGCCGCUAUGUUGGUUUCAUCAUUUUAUGAAGUGUGCGUCUUCGAUCAUUUCCCUUUUCUUCUCCCGGUCGUGGAAUGCCCCCUCGAGAUCGUCCCUAUUCCCCGCACCAACAAUCCCCGCCGGCUAGUAUAGUAAACAAAUGGAUCGUUCCUCGCCCAAGUGUUUACGUGAGUCAUUGCGACAGGCUCUACGGCGCAGAGAGCUCAAGGCGGCUCGACGAAAACUCACUGUGCUGCCCCAAUCGUCAGUAGACUUUUCAUCCAAUGACUUUCUAUCGUUGUCCACGUCCUCGGCAUAUCGCAAUCGUCUGCUAGAGCACCUCCGGCAAGCUCCUCCGUUGUAUCCAUUCGCCAGCGGAGGGUCACGGCUGUUGGACGGUAACUCCACCUAUGCCGAGGACCUGGAGAACUUCAUCGCCGAGUUCCACGGAGCGCCGAAAGGCCUUCUGUUUAACUCGGGAUUCGACGCCAAUGUCGGCGUGAUGUCUUCCAUUCCGCAGCCGGGGGAUCUGAUCGUGUAUGAUGAACUCAUCCACGCCAGUGCCCGAGAAGGCAUGCGUUUAUCGCGAGCGGGAAAGCGGGUUCAAUUCUCUCAUAGCUCGCCUGAAAGCUUUGAGGAGGUGCUGCGGUCUCAGAUUGAGAGCGACCCGUUGAUUCAGGACGGGUCGCGCAAUGUAUUCAUUGCCGUAGAAUCCAUCUACAGCAUGGAUGGGGACAUUGCACCGAUUCAAGAGUUUGUGCAGAUCGUGGACCGACUGCUGACUUCUGGCAACGGAUACUUCAUCGUGGAUGAAGCACAUGCCACGGGGGCAUUUGGCCCUCGGGGGGCUGGCGUUGUUCAGGAUAUGGGCCUGGAGGAUCGCAUGUUCAUACGGGUGCAUACAUUUGGCAAGGCUUUAGCUAGCCAUGGAGCCAUUGUACUCUGCUGCGCGGACACCCGAGACUACUUGAUCAAUUACGCACGGAGUUUGAUCUACACCACUGCAUUGGGAUUUCCAUUCCUCGCUUCCAUCCGCACAGCCUACGAGCUUUUAUCCGAAGGAGAGACCCAGCAUCUCCAGGACAAGCUGCAAGAAUUAAUCCUGUAUCUUCGCAACCGACUCCGAGAGCUCGACUCCUGGGACCCGUCGAUCUUUGAGGUGGACCAUUUCCCCAGCUCGCCGAUAUUCUCGCUGCGCAGUCCCCUGCCGCGUGAACUGGCCGCGGUAUGCCAGCGCAGUGGAUUCGUGGUGCGAGCCAUCAUGCCGCCCACCAUUCCUGCCGGCAAGGAGCGCGUGCGGGUGUGUUUGCAUGCUGGCAAUACCAUACAGGAGAUUGACGGGCUCGUUCGGACGAUCGAGUUUUGGUUAAAUCAAACAACGGAUAAAAAGGCUGCUCGACUGUGAUAUUAGAGGUUAAAAUGGUUGUUGCUUGUAUUCAGAAUAGAGUAUAAAAGUUCUCCAAAUUGUAUUAACUAAACUUG